AUGCCAAGGAAGAAUAAGAAGGGUUGGGGUUUAGAUGUUGUGAAAAGAUAUUUUGCAGAUAGUCUCCAACAAAGUCCUUACUACCCCGUUCUCCCAACCCCAUUCUUCCCCGCCGGCCCACCCCACCCUUUCUUUCCUUUCCUCAUCUCAUCCCAUCCUGCUCUUCCCGUCCCGUCCCUGUCCCUUUCCGCUCGUUCGUCGGCUGACAGCGCGGCGCGGCGCAGCGCUGCGAUCGAUACGGCGAACUGCGCAGUUAGCGCGCCGCGCGGCGGCUUAAAGCGGAUAGCUCGCGGGGCCCCGCGGGCGGGCGGGCGGCGGGCGCGCGCUCCAGCGCAGCCAGUUUCUCUGGCGGACACGGAGGCGCUCGCCCGCCGCCCGCCGCCGCGUCCGCCUCCGCAGGCAGGAGCCCGAGUGACUGUCGGCAACCAUGUGAACAAUGUCCUCGCGACGCGGGGAGAUGACGGAGCCGGGCGGGCUCCCGGCGGCCCGGCCGCGGAGAAGGCGCGGCGCGUUGAGGUGAUGGGUGUGGUCCGGUGUCGGUGUGGUGCGGAGACGCCGUUAUUGAUCCCCGUCGACGUGGCCGUCGCAAAGUUCGCCCAGUCAUGCAAAAAUGUUUGGUGGAGUGGCUGCGUCCAAGAAGCAGUUUCGGAAUGCGGUUUGGGCAGACGCCGGGGCGGAGUUGUCCCCACUGCGGACGCGGCGAAGUAUCGACCUGGUGGCGCAGUGGAGGCGUCGCUGGUCGCUGCCGCCGCCGCCGCUCCCGUCAGCGUUUUCCUCGUGCGCAUAUCGACCGUGCCCGCGGGCCUCUGCCCUGCCCCGCUCCCGCCCACCCCACCCUCCGGCCUUCACACGCACGCAGCGGCCGCUUACAGCGAUCCGCCCGCAACCGGAAGCUUUCACUUACUAAUUCAUGUAUCGAUU